GCAUGGACUUUUUCCAAGUCUUUUUCCUCUGGCAUUCUUUAUCGACAAACAAAUUUGACCGUAAGCCAGUAUGUAUCCUCGAGUUUUCUAAAUGGACUUUUCUUUUCUUGCAUACGAUUUCAAGAAGCAAUCAAGCACGCUCUGUUCAUUGUAAUUCAGUUUGCACAAGUCAGUCACUUUCUUUAUUUUCAUUUCAGGUACCUCGGAACAGAAAAAUCAAGAACAAACCAGCAAAAAAUCAUGCAAAACCCAAAAGUUUUCAUGGACAUAGAAAUCGCCGGCACCCCAGCAGGCCGCAUCAUCUUCGAGCUCUUCUCAGACACAACUCCAAAAACAGCUGAAAAUUUUCGUGCACUCUGCACCGGCGAGAAGGGCAACGACAAUAACAGCAGGCCUCUGCACUACAAGGGACACAAUUUCAUAUCUGCACAUCGCGGAAAAUUUGUGCUAGCCAAUGGCAAUGAGCAAUCGAUCUACGGCCCUGGCUACUUCAUGGACGAGAACUUUGUGAACAAGCAUACAGGGCCUGGAAUUUUGUCCAUGGGAAAUAAUGGAAAGCAUAGUAACAACUCCAGGUUCUUCAUUUGCACUUCUGAGUAUAGUGCUGCGGAUUUUAGGAAUGUUGUGUUCGGGAAAGUUGUCGAUGGCAUGGAUGUUGUUUAUGCGAUUGAGAAUUCGGGUGAACGAUUUAUUGAACAUUCGGAGAGCUUGUUGGAUAUCAAGCAUGUUGUUAUUGCUGAUUGUGGUCAGCUCAAACAGGGUGAUCAUGUUGAGUCUUUGAUAAGUCUUUGAUUUCUAGUAAUUUUCAGUGUAGCUUUUGAACCAUGAUUGCAUCAGCAAUUCCUGGUUAAAUAAAAUUCUAUCGGGAAUAAAAUCUAUGUUCUAUU